AUGUACCGUAGAAUUUUGUGGUACUAUGGUCGAAAAGUUCAACUGUACCAAAUUCUAGAGACCUCUCAUGUCCAGCAGUGUUUAAAAAGGAUAUGUACCGUAGAAUUUUGUGGUACUAUGGUCGAAAAGUUUAACACAUCUUCAACUGUACCAAAUUCUAGAGACCUCUCACAUGUUCAGCAGUGUUUAAAAAGGAUAUGUACCGUAGAAUGUUGUGGUACUAUGGACAAAAAGUUUAACACACCUUCAACUGUACCAAAUUCUAGAGACCUCUCUCAUGUUCAGCAGUGUUUAAAAAGGAAAUGUACCGUAGAAUUUUGUGGUACUAUGGUCGAAAAGUUUAACACAUCUUCAACUGUACCAAAUUCUAUAGACCUCUCACAUGUCCAGCUGUGUUUAAAAAGGAUAUGUACCGUAGAAUUUUGUGGUACUAUGGUCGAAAAGUUUAACACAUUUUCAACUGUACAAAUUUCUAUAGACCUCUCAUGUUCAGCAGUGUUUAAAAAGGAAAUGUACCGUAGAAUUUUGUGGUACUAUGGUCGAAAAUUUAACACACCUUCAACUGUACCAAAUUCUAAAGACCUCUUACAUGUUCAGCAGUGUUUAAAAAGGAAAUGUACCGUAGAAUUUUGUGGUACUAUGGUCGAAAAGUUUAACACAUCUUCAACUGUACCAAAUUCUAAAGACCUCUCAUGUUCACCUGUGUUUAAAAAGGAAAUGUACCGUAGAAUUUUGUGGUACUAUGGUCGAAAAGUUCAACUGUACCAAAUUCUAAGGACCAGUCACUACGAUGUUUUGCGGUACAUCAAAAGGAAAUGUACCGUUCAGAGUUAUGGUACUAUGGACAAAAAGUUUAACACACCUUCAACUGUACCAAAUUCUAGAGACCUCUCACAUGUUCAGCAGUGUUUAAAAAGGAAAUGUACCGUAGAAUUUUGUGGUACUAUGGUCGAAAAGUCUAACACAUCUUCAACUGUACCAAAUUCUAGAGACCUCUCAUGUUCACCUGUGUUUAAAAAGGAAAUGUACCGUAGAAUGUUGUGGUACUAUGGUCGAAAAUUUAACACACCUUCAACUGUACCAAAUUCUAUAGACCACUCACUACAAUGCUUAACGGUACUUCAAAAGGAAAUGUACCACAGUCAGGCAUAUGUGGUCUGUCUGGGUGGGGCCGAGCCUCUCCACAGUUCUGCCACAUCCCCCCAAACACAUCACUCUCUUGUGUCAGAUCUUCACUAUUUAAAACUUUUAUUAAACAUCAUUUACAUAUUAAAUAAGGCUUUGAAUGUGUCUCUUUUUAAAAUAAUUGAAAUGGAUUCGAUAUUUUUUUAAUUUGGACAUUCUCAGUGAUUAAGGACACCCCGUCACCCCCUCCCUGGCCUCUGUGUGCCAUAGCAGCUACUUACAAACUACUCCUGACCUCUACAGUUCAGAGAAAGUACUUACAAAUGUGAGUAAGUAUUUUUUAGAAGAAGUGGCUCAUCGAGACUUUAAUUCCACCUCCAGGAGUCUGUGGCCAUAAGAACUGUCUAAGGAUUUUACGAAAGACUUGAAAUCCCUGUAUUGCACAAAGUUAUCGAGAGGUCACAGGUCGGCAGAGGUGAUGGGUGUCCCUUACCCCAGAGGCUAGGUGCGGCAGUGAUGUGGGCAGGGGGCUUUCGGAGUGGCCCCGCCUGACCAGACUUCAUAGGGCCUGACCGUAGAGGCUCAUCACUUUGGUGGAAAACAUGCAUUCUCAAAUCAUUCAAAUACAUUCAUUAAAGGCUAGUUUAAGGAUCGUGGAGGAGACAACACAAUAGCUUAAUGAUGUGGUUCAAUACUGUAUAUAGAUACCACUAAAUAAAGUUUGUCUUUUAU